UUAGCAUCAUUGGUUGAGGAGGACCGCUAGCUGGAGCAGGUUACUGUACCGCAGCACUGUUAAGCGAACCUCCUCAAAUCUGUUUCAGAUCUUACAAGCAAAAGGAUUCAGUCUAAUUGUGCACUUCAUCUUAGUCGUUUAGAUAGCACAGGAAAAGAUGCUGGCAUGCACGGAGAUGAUCACAAUGUGUCUUCAGUCAGCGAAGCGAGAAUAUCUUCGCUCCGAGCAAGAGCAGCAGCUGCAGCACAACCACGGACUUUCCAUUUUUCACGACAUUUUCCGCCGUGCAGACAAAAACGAUGAUGGUAAGCUCUCCUUUGAGGAAUUCAAGGCUUACUUUUCUGAUGGGAUUCUCACUACUGAAGAGCUUCAGGAGCUGUUCUACUCAAUCGAUGGGCGACAGACCAAUAACCUCGACACCGACAAGUUAUCAGAUUAUUUUUCUGAACAUCUUGGGGAGUAUCUGAAUGUCCUCUCAGCUCUAGAGAAGCUCAACGUUGCCAUCCUAAAAGCAAUGGACAAGACUAAAGAGGAGUAUCAGGGCUCGUCCGUGUUGGGGCAGUUUGUGACACGCUUUAUGUUGAGGGAGACGUCCAGCCAGCUGCUCUCUCUUCAGAUGUCUCUGCAGUGUGCCAUGGAGGCUGUGGAGGAGCAGAGCAGCCCUGCACCGGUUGAGGUGAAGGUACCAGAGCAUCUCUCUUUACAGAAGAAUAACAAGAGGUGUGGCCGCAGAGUGCAGAAAAAUAUGUGUCUCUCUCCUACAGACCCAUACUCUGGCAUUCUUACCACAGGUGUUACUGUGGAUACAGAUGACCACUGGUCCUCCCAGAUCAACAGACUGCAACAGCUUAUUGACAAACUGGAGUGCCAGAGUCCAAAGCUGGAGCCGCUGAAAGAGGACCCACUGGCCAGUACAUAUAAAUCAAACAUUCUGUUGGUGCAGAGGCAGAUGGAAGUGACAGAGGACAAUCUUGAGGAGUUUCAAAAGGCCCUGAAAAGCUACGCUGACUCCACCACCAACCAAAGUGACAACCUACAUGUGUCCAUCCAGAAGCUGCCUGAAAAGAGCUGCUACAUAAUAUACGAGUUUUGGCAAGAUCGUAUAGCCUGGAUGAGUUAUCUGCAGUCUGAGGCAAGUAAAACUUUUCAGCGCUGUAUCAUAGAUAUGCUGGAGGAUCCUGAACUCGUCUCCACCAUGCUUUUGCCCGCAUCCUGGUGGAUUAUGACAAACAAUUAACCUCCACAAUACGCAGUAUGCAGCCUUCGGAAAUGAGGAAAAAAAAAGAAAAA